AUGGCAAAAUAUGACAAAAGUAAACUUGUGGAGAGUUCAAGAAAGGUGGAAGAGGAUGACUUUGAUGAUUUUACAACAAACCAAAAAUGGGUAAUGUCUCCAAAAACUCAUGACACUGAUGUGACACUGUUGUUAAACAAGUUGCUGAGAGAAUAUGACAAAAAGCUGCGGCCUGAUAUUGGAAUGAAACCCACAGUCAUUGAUGUUGACAUCUAUGUUAAUAGCAUUGGCCCCGUGUCAUCAAUAAAUAUGGAAUACCAAAUUGAUAUUUUUUUUGCUCAGACAUGGACUGACAGCCGUCUUCGUUUCAACAGCACUAUGAAAAAAAGUCUCACUCUCAACAGCAAUAUGGUUGGGUUAAUUUGGAUCCCAGAUACUAUUUUUAGGAAUUCUAAAACUGCAGAAGCUCACUGGAUUACUACACCCAAUCAGCUCCUAAGAAUAUGGAAUGAUGGGAAAAUCUUGUAUACUUUAAGGCUCACCAUCAAUGCUGAAUGCCAGCUGCAGCUACAUAAUUUUCCCAUGGAUAAACAUUCAUGCCCGUUGAUAUUCUCCAGCUAUGGCUAUCCACAAGAGGAAAUGGUUUACAGAUGGAGAAAAAACUCAGUAGAAGCUGCAGAUCAGAAAUCUUGGAGACUGUAUCAGUUUGACUUCAUGGGACUCAGAAAUACUUCUGACAUUGUGCAAACAUCAGCAGGUGAUUAUAUAGUCAUGACUAUAUACUUCGAGUUAAGUAGAAGAAUGGGAUACUUCACUAUUCAAACAUACAUUCCCUGUAUAUUAACUGUUGUCCUAUCCUGGGUAUCAUUUUGGAUUAAAAAAGAUGCCACACCAGCAAGAACAGCCCUAGGUAUCACCACAGUAUUAACCAUGACAACUCUGAGCACCAUUGCAAGAAAUUCCUUGCCACGUGUUUCCUAUGUCACUGCAAUGGACCUUUUUGUGACCGUAUGCUUCUUAUUUGUCUUUGCUGCUUUGAUGGAGUAUGCAACCCUGAACUACUACUCAAGUUGCAGGAAGCCACACUGUACAAAAAAGAAAAAGUCGCUGCCUGAUGUCAGCUUUGGUCACAUGAUGAAUUACUCUGUGUUAGAGAUGAGACCUCCCCCUACAGUCAUUGCACUGAACAAUGCCAUGUACUGGCAAGAAUUUGAAGACAAUUGUAUCUACGAGUGUCUGGAUGGGAAAGACUGUCAGAGUUUUUUCUGCUGUUAUGAAGAAUGCAAAGCGGGCUCCUGGAGGAAAGGGCGGAUACACAUAGACAUCUUAGAACUAGACUCUUAUUCCAGAGUCUUUUUCCCCACAUCGUUCCUGCUUUUUAACCUGGUCUACUGGGUUGGAUACCUCUAUCUCUAG